UUUGAUCCGGUUUGAGAGAUUGAGUUUGGAGUGGAAAAUGUGAAUCAAUCGCUGGAUUUUUGGAAGAUAUUUUUUUUCUCCCUUUGGAAUUGUGCUGGAAGAAGUGGAGAGACGCGGUGGGGUGGUGCUUCGCAGAAUCCGUGUCUGAGCAAGAGUGUAUGUGUGUGUCUGCCCCAACUUGAGGGAAAGAGAGAAAGCAAACAGCUAAACACAUAUUGCUCUCUUGUGAGAGUGAGUGGGACAGUGUGAAAGCAGUGGCAAACCGAGAGAGAAAGGGAGUGAGAUUUUGAGUGAAAAGAAGGCAUUGUGCGGUGUACAGAUUUUCGGGAAUCCAACAAGUGUUGCCAAGACACGGAACAAUAGGAAGCGGUUUUGAAGGAUUGACGCAGGGCAGCUAAACCUAAAUCAGCUCAUCCCUUCGGAAAACAAAGCGCCGACCAGCGCAACAACUAAGUUCUGCGCAAAUAAGCCGGACCGCUCGACUGAAUAUAAUAAUAAUAAAGAAAGGCAAAUAUAAAACUAAACAAACAGCAACAGUAACAACAACAACAACAACCAGAGUGUGUUCAGGAAUUGAACAACGGGACGGGCGUUUCAGAACUUGUUUAUGUGUCACACGGUGCACAUCGGCGGGGGAAAACUCGGUUCCGGCAGCAGCAGCAGCUGGAAAAUCUUCGUCGUCGGCGGUGGUGACUAAGCGCGUUCGGAUUUUUCCCUUUGUGUCAUCGCUCGAGAGUGGGCGUAGGGCGAAAAAGGAAAAUAAGGGAAGAAGGUUUGUCGGAAAAGUUGGAAGAAGAUGGUUUUAAUGUGUGUGCUAGCGCAGUUCUAGCCGAAGAAUCGCGGAAAGAUGAGUGUUUUGUAUUGUUGUCUCUGAAGAGCAGGAAGAAGUGCGUUCAGCCUGGGCAUUGUGCAUCUGUCCGAAAGUGUCACUGGCGAAGAAGUGUGUUCAGAGCAGAAGGGCCGUACGUACGGAGUGGGUACGUGAAGAAUUGUGUAUUAUCUCUAAAAAAAAGAAGUUAAAUUUUAGAGAAAACGAAACGAAGUGAAGUGGGGGAGGAAAAUUGUGUGUGGGUCAAGUGCCGGAAGAUCUAAUUUCCGGCGAAAGGCAAAAGGAAGCGGGCCAGAUCAAUCAAGUUGAACGCCAGGUUGAAUGUGCCGACCGGGGGCAUGAUAGUCCCCCCUCAUCUGGCUGCAGCACUCAACAACGGUGGUGGAGGGUCGUCCGGUGGAAGAAGCAACAAUAACAGUACAGGCAUUGGCGGCAGCAGCACCACCAGCGGAACCAGUAGUGGUAGCAGCAGCAGUGGUUUGGCCGCAGGACACCUCGGGCCGGUGGGCGUCGUAGUGGCACACAGCGGAAGCCAGGAUAGUCUGAGUGGAGGAGGAGGAGGAGGCGUAGGCGGAGGAGGAGGGUUCGUACUGUCCGGAAGUGGAGGGGGUGGUGCGGGUGGGAGCAGAGGAAACGGCAACGGAAGUGGUGGCAGUGGCAGCGGCUCCAGCAACGGCAGCGGCAACCGCAUCCUCGCCGUCAACCGGAACAUUGACGAUCUCCUCUUUGGCAGUGAUCUGGACUCGUUAAUCAAUGACAAUAUCGUCAAUGGGUUCAAAUCGCUGAAGGUGGCCAAGUCGCACUCGCAGGAUAACUUGGAUCACCGCCAUCAUCUUCAUCAGCAGCAGCAGCAGCAGCAGCAUCGUCAACCGUUUUAUCACCAUUAUCACUCGCAUCUGCUGCAGCAGCAGCACUCGUUGCCGCCAAUUCAGCAGCAAGCUUCAUUACAUUAUCAACCGCAUCAUCAUCAUCUGCAGCAGCAGCAGCAACAAGUUAAUCAUUGGAUAGAAUCGGAUAUCAUCGCAAGCACCAAGAUGUUGACGGACAAAGCAAAGCAGAAAUUAGCAGCACAAUAUGCAUCCGGAAAUGUUCCUGACUCAACGCGGCAGCGGCACCACGCGCCGCUCUACGGAAGACUGGUUACAGAAGAACACUUACCUGCCGUUCAUCGUGAUAUACAUCAGCGUUCGAUAAGUCCUACAUCAUCGACCGACAUCCGGGCGAUGCAAGCCCGGAUACCAUCGCAUUUCCGGGACCCCGCGACGGCACCGCUGCGGAAGCUCAGCGUUGACCUGAUCAAAACCUACAAACACAUCAACGAGGUUUACUAUGCCAAAAAGAAACGAAGAGCUCAACAAACCCAGGGCGAGGACACGUCCCACAAGAAGGAACGGAAGCUGUACAACGACGGCUACGACGACGAGAACCACGACUACAUCAUCAAAAACGGCGAGAAGUUUCUCGACCGCUACGAGAUCGACUCCCUCAUCGGCAAAGGCAGCUUCGGCCAGGUGGUCAAGGCGUACGACCACGAGGAGGAGUGCCAGGUGGCGAUCAAAAUCAUCAAAAACAAGAGACCCUUCCUGAGCCAAGCACAAAUCGAGGUGAACCUGCUGGAGAUGAUGAACCGGGCGGACGCGGAGAACAAGUACUACAUCGUCAAGCUGAAGCGGCACUUUAUGUGGCGGAAUCAUCUCUGUUUAGUAUUCGAGCUGCUAUCCUACAACCUAUACGACUUACUGCGCAAUACGAACUUCCGCGGCGUGUCGCUGAACCUGACGAGGAAGUUUGCCCAGCAGCUGUGUACGGCGCUGUUAUUUUUAAGUUCACAAGAAUUAAAUAUCAUACACUGUGAUUUAAAACCAGAAAAUAUAUUAUUAUGUAACCCCAAACGGUCAGCAAUUAAGAUAGUAGAUUUUGGCAGUUCAUGCCAACUAGGACAAAGGAUAUAUCAAUACAUACAAUCACGCUUCUACCGGUCGCCCGAGGUGCUGCUGGGGAUCCCGUACGACUUAGCAAUAGACAUGUGGUCCCUCGGGUGCAUCCUGGUCGAGAUGCACACCGGCGAGCCGCUCUUCUCCGGCUCGAACGAGGCCGACCAGAUCAACAAGAUCGUCGAGGUGCUCGGGAUGCCCCCGAAACACAUCCUCGACCAGGCGCACAAAACUCGCAAGUUCUUCGAGAAGCUCUCCGACGGCAGCUACGUGCUCCGGAAGACGCAAAACCAGCGCAAGUACAAGGCGCCCGGCUCGCGCAAGCUCCACGACAUCCUCGGCGUGGAAACGGGCGGCCCCGGUGGCCGGAGGCACGGCGAACCCGGCCACAGCGUGUCCGACUACCUGAAGUUCAAGGAUCUGAUACUGCGGAUGCUGGACUACGAUCCGAAGACGCGCUGCACACCGUACUAUGCCUUGCAACACAACUUCUUCAAGCGAACGUCGGACGAGAGCACCAACACGGCGAACACGGCCAUCAGCAGCAGCUCGCUCAGCACGAGUCCGUCGGUCAGCAGCAGUACGGCGCAACAACCCCUGCAGCAGCAGCAGCAGCAGGACCCAAGCAGUCACGGUCUACCAUCGUUGCAGCCCAGCAGCCACCAGCCCCAAUCCUUACCCCUGCCGCAGUCCCAGGCGACCAGUAUGCUGCUCCUGUCCCAAGCCGCCGCGGCCGUCUCCGUGAGUCAACUGCAGCAGCAACAACAAAACGCCGCCUCCGCCAGCAACAGCCUCAGCAACGCGAUGGACUGCGACCCGCCGGCCGUCGGCAGCAAUCCUACCCACUACCACCGAAGCAGGUACCUCCAGCAGCAGCCGCCCCAACAGUCGCACCACCAGCAGCAGCCCCAUCCAUUGCUUGGCCACAAAAGCAACAGCACCAGCGCCAGCGCCAGCAGCUCCUACGCCCCCACCUCACUGCCAAUCGACCUCGUCGGGGGCCUGGCGCACGCAACCUCAUCCGCUGGCGUUGGCGUUGGUGUUGGCCAAGGGAUGGAUCCGGCGGCGGCGGCCGCCGCAGCAGCAGCCCUCAUGUCGGGCAGCUUUACCAGUCACGGUGGCGGAAGUCGAAGUUUACACGGCAUCGGUGGUCCGUACGCGCCCUUUUCGAUGAACGACGCAGCGCUGCUGAUGGCGUCGAGUUCGUCGAUUGGAAUCGGCAGUGGCGGCGGGGGUUUUGCGGUUCCGAUGGGCGUGAUUGGGGGGCCGAGUUCACUGAGUGUUAGCAGUAGCAGCGGGAGUGGAGUGGGGAUCGGGGGAAUUGGGGGAGGGAACGGAGGAGGAGGUGGAGGUGGAGGCGGAAGCAGUAGUAGUAGUAGUAGCAGCUCGAAAGGGUUAGGAAGGGCGGCGGCGGCGGCUGCGGCCGCGGUCGCUGCGGAACGGGACGAGUCGCCCAUGGUUGGGGUGUGCGUGCAGCCGAGUCCGGUCAUUAUUCACUGAUGGUCGGCGUAGAAGUAGUCGUACUGAGCACUUAUACCUUGGUGUCAAUGGUCGUUUCUUCAACAAUUGUGGAUGGAAGAAGCAUGACAUUAUGUUUAGAAAAUAUAUGAAAUUCGUAUUUUCCAAUUUAGAAGGGGUAAAA